AAUUAAUACAUUAGAGAAAAAGAAUUAAGAAGAAAAACAAAUGGACAAGCCAACAAGUUUCGAAACACUUCCGCUAGAUCUACAAAUGGACAUUCUGUCACGGCUGCCUCUGAAAUCCUUGGUGAAAUGCAUUGUCAUCUCGAAGCAAUGGGCCUCUCUUAUCCGUGGGGAAGACUUCAAAAAUCUUUACUUGAGGAGAUCAUCGACAAGGCCUCGACUGAUGUUCUGGGUAAAGCGAUCUUUACCCCAUCCACCUGAACAUGAGGCGUUGUGGUAUCACUCUGUUUAUGAUCAAGAGGAAAAACUUAUGUAUAGCCGAUAUGACAAGGAGGUGUUGUGUCACUCUGUUUAUCAAGAGGAGGAACCAUUGUUGUCCUCUGGUCAACAACAGUUGCGUAUCCCUCGUGAGCCAAUGGGCUCUAGAGUUUCUCAACCCGUCCGAGGUUUGAUCUGUCUACAGUUGAAUACUAAGUUUGUGAUUUGCAAUCCGGGUACGAAAAUGUUUCGGACUUUACCGGAGAUCCAAGCGAAUGAAAGAAAAACCAUAGAUUCUUUUUUCGGAUACGAUGAAGCUUCGAAGGUAUUCAAGGUUUUAUGUGUAACAUGGUGGAAACAGUCUAGGAGAUAUCAGAUUUGCACGGUGGGAUCCGGUGGAGAAACUUGGAGACGGAUCAAAUGCAAGCGUGAUCAUGAACCAUAUACUGAAGGACUAUUUAAAGGAGGGGUUUUGUACUAUGGAGCUCAUGACACCAAUAGUGACAAAUCUCUGAUCAUGUGCUUCAACUUAACGUCUGAAAACUUUAGUGUCAUUGAUUUACCUAAGCAAAUUAACUUUACUCGUCGUGGUUGGGACGUGGUGAAUUACAAUGGGAAAAUUGCCGUAUCUAUUAUGGUUGACGAAUACACUGGACUUUUGAGAAUAUGGGCUAGAAAUGAAAUAGGAGUCUGGUUAAAAGAAGACAUUGUGGUUUCUGGUUGGAAAGAAACUAUUGAAAAUAGGAGGUGGAUAGAAACUGUUGAAAAUAGGAGGUGGUUUCGUUUCAUAGGUACCAUUGGAACAAAAGAACUUGUUUUCGCACCAGACAGUUUUGUUGAUGAAGCACCCACUGUGCUGUAUUACAAUACAGAAACGCAAAAACUCAGAAGGUUUAAGAUUGAACACUUGUUUAAUGGUCCUCCACUGAUAGGUUUUUGCACUUUCUUGGAUCAUGUUGAUAGUACUUGGCUUAUGUGAAUAAUCUUGUCUGUUUUUCAAGUAGUACUGGUCUGGUCUUAUUGGGAUUGUUGUCAUAUUUUAUUUUAUGCUAAAAAAUAAUGUUGUCUCUCGAGUGAUAUAUAAUUAAUACUAUUUGGGAUUGUUAAUUCUUUGUCGUUAUCAAAAACAUGUUUGAUUGCC